CUCUCGGCUUCCGUUGAGCAUCGAGCAAGAUGGCAGCUUCCGAGACGGUUAGGCUACGGCUUCAAUUUGAUUACCCGCCGCCAGCCACGCCGCAUUGCACUGUCUUCUGGCUUCUGGUCGACCUGAACAGAUGCCGAGUGGUCACGGAUCUCAUCAGUCUCAUUCGCCAGCGCUUCGGCUUCAGUUCUGGGGCUCUCCUGGGCCUCUACCUGGAGGGGGGGCUUUUGCCCCCCACCGAGAGCGCGCGCCUGGUCCGAGACAACGACUGCCUUAGAGUUAAAUUAGAAGAGAGAGGAGUUGCUGAGAAUCCUGUAGUAGUCAGUAAUGGUGACGGUACUCAUUCGUUACCUAGAAAAGCAAAGAAGCGGGCAUUUAAGUUGGAGGAGGAUGAAGAAACUGAACUAGGUUACAGAGACUCAAAGAAGCAUUGGAAGAGGCAAGAGAACAAUAACAAUGAGAGGACCUUGGAUCUAGAACCAAGAGCUGUCACAAAUCAGAGUGUGAGGAAAAAAAACAAGAGGAAAAACAAAGCCACAUAUGGUGUAGUGGAUGAUGAUGACGAAGAGACCAAAAGAAAAUCACCAAAGAAAAAGGAGAAAUGUGAAUAUAAAAAACAGGCGAAGAAUCCCAGGUCUUCUAAAGCACAGACAGUGAAAGAGUGGACCAUGCAGAAGUGUAGUCCUCCAAAGGGUUCUCCUGCUAGAAACAGCCUUGUUAAAUCCAAAAGGAAAGGAGGCGUGGGCAUUCCUACAGAAGAGGGUCCCAGUUCCUCCUCAGAGUCUGAGUCUUAUCACGAAUCAACCAGUGAUGGUCUCAGCAAUGCCAUCUUGGAGGUCAGAAAUUCCUCAGAGAAAACAUCCACUGAGUUAUCAAAGGAAGGACCCUCUACAAAAAACACAACUGCAAACAAAGUGGCUCCUAAAACUGGCUUUAACUCUACCCCCACCAAGGGCAAGACAACCAGACCAUCGUCUUCUAGCUCAGACUCUAGUUCAGAGUCAGACGACCGAUGUGCGAUGUCAAAGAGCGCCCCGGAGCGGGCUGCAGGUUUCUCAAAGACAGGAGGCGUCUUUGCAGGAAGAGGUUGUCCAGGUCCAGGGCCAUCAUCACAGACUCCAAAUGCUACUGGAUGGAAGCACUCUGACUCAAAUGGAGGCAGACAGGCUCCUGGGCCUCCUCCCAAUGUGACUCUCCCCACCAGUUUGGGAAGAGGUUGGGGUAGAGGAGAGGACUUUCUUUCUUGGAAGGGAGCUAGGGGUCGGGGCCUGCGGGGGAGAGGUCGAGGACGAGGGCACGCUGUUUCCUGUCUUUUAAAUAGAAAUGCUGACUAUCAGAAGCAGCAGCAAUUAAAUGAAGUGAUAACAAAUUCAUCUACUAUUAUCCAGAAUCCAGUAGAGACACACAAGAAGGACUACAGUCUGUUACCACUGUUAGCAGCUGCCCCUCAAGUCGGAGAAAAGAUUGCAUUUAAGCUUUUGGAACUAACAUCCGAUUAUUCUCCUGAUGUCUCUGACUACAAGGAAGGAAAAAUAUUAAGCCACAAUCCAGAGACCCAGCAAGUAGAUAUAGAAAUUCUUUCAUCCUUACCUGCCGUGAAAGAACCUGGGAAAUUUGAUUUGGUUUAUCACAAUGAAAAUGGAGCUGAGGUAGUGGAGUACGCUGUGAUGCAGGAGAAGAGGAUCACUGUUUUUUGGAGAGAGUUGAUUGAUCCAAGACUGAUUGUUGAAUCUCCGAGUAAGACAUCAAGGACAGAGCUUGCCUGAGUGUGACCUCUCCACCUCAUAGUCUAUAAAUGUCUUGUUUGUGAAAGUGACUAUAACCUGAACUUUAAAAAAAAAAAAAGAUUUGAAAGUUG